UACAACAAAUACAACGUUUUACAAAGAGGGUCUGAAAAGAAAAGCAUAACACUGCUGCCAAAGACAAUUGGCAGUUGCCUUGAAAAUAUACAAACUACCCAUUUCCUCUAUCCUACAACAAAAUUACAAGUGCAAAGGGGAAGAAAACGGAGAAGUGGUCCGUCUUUGUGACCUUGUGACUCUGUGUGUGUGUGUGUGCGCCAGGGAGAGAGAGAGAGAGAGAGAGAGAGGAUGAGCAUGGAGAGUUUACUGCCAUUUCUAGGAAUGGUGAUGGCGGUUCUGGCUCAAGCUGCAAAUAUGAUAGUAAACGAAGCAGCCAUGUCCAAAGGGAGCAACAAAUACAUUAUGGUUGUGUAUGCCAACGGCCUCUCCACUCUCAUUCUUCUCCCUCCAGCCCUCUUCUUCCACCACAGAUCAGGGCGCCCUCCCCUUACAUUCUCCAUACUCUGCGGAUUCUUCAUGCUUGCCCUGUUUGGAUGUUCUGCCCAGAUAUUUGGAUAUGUUGGUAUAGAAUACAGCUCUGCCACGCUUGGCACCGCCAUGCUUAACCUCAUCCCAGCAUUUACUUUCAUACUUGCCAUCAUUUUCAGGAUGGAAGAGGUGCAGUGGAGAAGCUCAAGCAGUAAAGCCAAAAUUUUGGGAACCAUAGCAUCAAUCGCAGGAGCUUUUGUUGUAACAUUCUACAAAGGCCAGCCAAUCAUGCUGCCACCAUCAUCACAUCCACCCAAUCUCUUCUCAUCAAAAUCAAAUUGGGUUCUGGGAGGCCUUUUUCUUGCAGCUGACUCCUUCUCCAGUUCCUUAUGGUACAUUCUGCAGGCAUCAACCCUAAAGAAGUACCCAGCAGUUGUGGUCACAGUCUGUUUUCAAAGCUUAUUCAUGACCGUUCAGUCUGCAUUAGUUACUUUAAUUGCAGUUAAAGAUGCAAGUGCUUGGGAGUUAAGGUUGGAUAUGGGGCUGAUUGCUGUUUUGUACACUGCAAUUGUUUCAAUCGGUCUCCGUUACACUUUAACCGCCUGGUGUGUGUGGAAGGCUGGAGCUCUUUUUUGUUCUAUGUUUAAGCCUCUUGGAAUUAUUUUUGGUGUGAUCAUGGGUGCCAUCUUUUUGGGAGAUCCAUUCUAUUUUGGAAGGUACGCACAAUUUUUGGUUGGUGCACUUAUAAUUGUUACUGGGUUUUAUGCGGUGAUGUGGGGAAAGGCCAAAGAAGAGAAGCUGGUGGAAGGUGGUAGUCGUUGGGAAUCAUUAGGUCAUAAUAAGGUCCCUCUACUACAAAACAAUAUCGAAGAAAAGCACAACUGCACAAGUAUCUUGUGUAAAUAACAAGGCGGGUUCUUUUUUGUUUGUGUACAUAAGCGGUUAGAUUAUUAAAAUAGUCUAAAUGUAAUGAAAUGCAAAUAAAUUUAAAUUUUUUAAUGGUGAUUGUAAAGAUUCGAGAUCUCAUAUGUGAAAAGAGAUGUGAUU